AGAACAUAUCCAUUAUUGGAGAUAAAAGAGAAAUUUUUAGAGACCAUUUACCUCAGAGGGAAUGGUUAAGGUAACCAUAGUUGGAAGGUUGAGCGAUGGAUUGCCUCUAGCACAAGGACUGAGAUAUACGAAUGAAGAGUAUGCAUAUCUUUCAUGUUACAGGCAACAAGCAGAGUUCAUUCUCCAAGAAAUUUCAAGGGGAGCACUAAUAGCUUCCAAGAUGACUAUUCAUGUUCACAAUUUCUGCUUCAACUACUUGGUCGAGAACGGAGUUGUUUUCAUUGUAUUAAGUGAGUCUACGUACCCAAGAAAACUGGCUUUUCAUUACCUACAAGAUAUUCAAAAGGAGUUUGAGAANUUUGAUAAAACCCUCAUUGGCAAAAUUACAAGGCCAUACAGCUUUGUCAAAUUUGAUGGUAUAAUUGCAAACAUCAGCAGACAGUACAUUGACACAAGAACUCAGGCCAACCUGUCAAAACUUAAUGCUAACCGGAAACAAGAUGUAGAUGUUGCUAGUCAAGAUUUUUACGACAUUGUAGAAAGGAAGAGAAAUUCAGAAACAAUGAGAAGAUUACCGGUUACUCCUCAACCUGAAUCCACAAUAUGGUGUUCUCCACGUCUUGAGGCGAUUGCUUUGAAAUGGACACCUAUUAUGAUCCUUGUAAUUACUUCUAUGGCUCUUCUAUGGGCUAGCUUAGUCCUCACAGACGACUUUAUUAUUUCAAGCUGGAACUUAAAGAAAUGGUCCACUGGUAUUAAAUAUGAUGCAACAUUGAUGUUGCAGAAAAUAUAAAGACAUGGACUGGCCCCUUCGGCUCCACGAAAUCCAGGAAACACAGAGAAAGAGAGAGAUCCAAAUUGAAGAAGAAAAUUUCUGAUUUGUCAGAGUUUCUACUUUCUACCUUGAAAGUGAAAUAUUUCCUUUUAAAUGAACCAGUACUCUGACAUGUGUACUCACACGAGUUGCCAAUUGAUAUUUAUGUGUAUGUAUUAAAUGGCGUGUAAAUAUAGAAAAUAAUUUAUAUCAAUCAAACUAGUAA